GCUAAUAAGUCAUUCCUACGAUUGAGUUUGUUAUACUUCUGAGGGGAUUUCACUGCGAGAUCGAAACGAGUGGCGCGAAGCCAUCAGGAGCAAGCUUUAUGUCGACGUUUUGUGGAUCGCGACUGUAAAUGGACAGUUCAUCAGGGCCAACGCCGGCGAAGAGGAGGUGUAUCUCGAUGAACAGGAGCAAAAAGCAGCCAUUUGAACAUGUACGGCACUUCCAAUUACCGCAACAGUUUCCCAGUACGAUGAAACAUACCUCGAAGAAUGGUAUAAAUAUCGCUGAGUUUGUCAAGCCAACUAUAUCCCCAAAUACCAUGAAGAUAUCCAAUGUGGAGAACCAAGUUCCGCAUAAUCUACACAAGUUGAGAAUCCUAUCUCCAGGUGGGAGAGACCUGGGAGAAUUUAAAGUGAAGAGGCUGCCUGCUAACUCAUCAAAAGGGAACACUGUUACAAUUACCAAGUCUAAUUGCAAACCCAACGAUAAGCCGUUGAUACUUCCUUUAUCUCCGGUCAUGCCCACAAAAUCAUUUCCACGUAUACUUAAACAAGGUUCCACAAACUUUCCAAGGAGAAAUUUGAUGGAAGUGAUGUCUAGCAGCAAGACCGUCCCUUCGAAAAAUAGUACCAAUGUGUUACAUGAGCAAAAAUCUAUAACCAAAGAUAAAAAGCCUUUAAGUAGUCAAAAUAUGAAAGGUAAGGUAGAAAAACAGACUUAUGAAGAUAAUAUCAAUGCUAUUGAGAUACAUUAUAUAGAUCAAAUAAAUUCUAAACAUUCUGUAUGUCAAACUAAUAGUAAUCAGAAAUAUAUAUUAUAUUAUGGAAUUGAUGAUAUAGAUGUUCAGAAUCAUAUAAAAAUUCAGGAAACUACAGCUGAAAAUAAUAAAAUUUCUUUAACUAUAGAUUCAUCAUUAUCUAAUGAAAUUAUAAAAUUACCAUGUUCUGUAAGUAGUAAGAAACGUACGAUAAAUUCUAGUAAUAAGAAUAACAUACCAUUGUCUGAAAAAGUAAGUAAAGGGAAGUGUAUUGCUACUAUAAAAAAAACAGAAAAUGGAAAGAUAGUUACAUCUCUGAAGAAUGCAACAAAUGUUGUGCAAAGAUGUAAUCAGACUGAUAGGAAUUUAAGUCAAAACAACAGUAUAAAAAGUUCUACUAAAAAGGAUACUUUAUAUGAUAGAAAUAAAUUGUCUGAAAAAAAGUCUGAUAUAGUUCCUAAAGCAGUAUCCAAAAAAACACAAAAUGUUAUGACAAUUAUACCUAAUAAUAAAGCUUCUAUGUUUGAUCAGAACACAACUUUGAUACAGAAAUAUAAAACCUCUUCGCCAUCUGAAAGUAAUAAACAAAUAACAAAUACCAGAGGUCGUAGUAUACAUAAAUACAAUACAAAGUGUGAAAAUACGCAAAGUAAAGACUUGAAGGCAGAAUUUCAAAAUGAUAAAGUAAUUACUAAUAGUCAUAUGCAGCAAAUUUCAGAAUCACAACAAAUUAAAGAUGUUAGUGCAAACAUGCAAUCAAAUGUACAGAGCAAGAAUUGUUCUAAAGAUAUGUCUCAAGAAAAUUUGUCAGAUCAAUUGAAUAUUAUAAAAAAAGCGAUGGAUAGCAUAAGAGACAACGAGUUACGUGAACAGGCGCUGAAGGCUUUGGCAAAUUGUGGUAUUGGAAUUGAGAGACAUAUCCCGAUACAUCCACCAAAAGACCAUAAAGCUGUACACGAUACACAGGUACAGACUGUAGUGUUUGGACUACUUGAUCCGAAAUCCUUCAUAUUAAUAAACAAGGAUUCGGAUGAUGUUAACAGGAUAAAUCAGAUUAAUUUUUGUGAUAUGCCUAAUGAUAAAAAUCUAUCAGUGAAUAAGUCACAUUCUAAUAAUUCUAUAUCCAAAGAUCUUAAUAUAAUGGAACAAGAAAGCCUUUUUGAUUUAGAUAGUUUUAUGGAACAAUUUUGGAAAGAGGAUUCAGAUGCACUUAAAAUGAAGGAAACUUUAUCGAUGACGAAAGUAAGAUGUAACAGCCUUUUGGAGCAUUUACAGAGGGACUUUGAAAAUGUUAAACGAUACGAUCAAAACGGUAUGUUAAAUAUACAUAACGCAGUCAUAAGCGAUAACAUCUAUCUUGUUCAGAGACACCUAAUGGUACUUCAAUAUUGCAAACAAAGUGUUGAUAUAUUAACUGAGGACGGAGUGACGAGUUUGGAAUUGGCAAUUAAAUAUAACGUAUGCAUAGAGAUCGUGAAGCUCUUACUCGAUGCCGGAGCACAACCAGUGAUCCCAAAAUCCUUACAUGAAUCCGCAAUGAUUAUAGCUAGCAAGCAUUCAUCACCAUUGUUGUCGAUUCUUGUUAAUCAAAUCUCAGAUCCAAAAUUGCUCGAUCAUAUUGAUUCGGAGGGUUUCGCAGCGUUGCAUUAUUGCAGUAUGCGUGGUAAUUUGAAAGGAGUCAAAGUACUUUUAUCAGCCGGUGCGACUAUAGACCUACGGGAUAUGAAAUCGGGACGGACACCUUUGUUUCACGCGGUAGACAAUGAUUGUACGUCGGUGAAGAAAGCACUGUUAAAAGCUGGUGCUGUCACAAAUAUUGCAAACUUCGCGGGACAAACGCCCCUGUGUAUAUUUAAUAAUAUGAGAAAUCUGUCUUUCGAAUCAUCACUGACAAAAGAUACAACGUAAGGUCAAAAUAUUUUAGUUAUUUUUAUAUAAAAUGAUGUCUCUUCAAUGAGAUAUGUUACCUAAG